UUCCAUUUCCUCCGACGAAGCCACUGUCUAAAUCUAGAGAGAGAAAGAAAGGAGGAGACCCUAUUCUCCAUAUAGUGAGAGAAAGCAAGGGCAAUUUUAGAGAGAGAAAGCUUGGAGGGGGAGAGAGAGAGAGAGAGAGAAUGGCGUCGGCAGCGAGAGUAGAUCUGGACGGAAAUCCAAUCAAGCCGAUAACGAUGUGUAUGAUUGGUGCCGGAGGGUUCAUUGGUUCUCACCUGUGUGAGAAGCUGAUGUCCGAGACUCCACACAAGGUGUUGGCGGUGGAUGUUUACAACGACAAGAUCAAGCACCUUCUCGAACCUGCUUCGCUUCCCUGGGCCGAUCGCAUCCAGUUCCACCGCAUCAACAUCAAGAACGAUUCUCGGCUCGAAGGCCUCAUCAAGAUGGCAGAUCUGACUAUAAAUCUAGCGGCGAUCUGUACUCCAGCGGAUUACAAUACGCGUCCUCUCGAUACAAUUUACAGCAAUUUCAUUGAUGCUCUCCCUGUGGUUAAGUACUGUUCGGAAAACAACAAGCGUCUUAUUCACUUCUCUACUUGUGAAGUCUAUGGGAAAACAGUUGGAAGCUUUCUUCCUAAAGAAAGCCCUCUGCGGCUGGAUCCUGCUUAUUAUGUUCUUAAGGAAGAUGAAUCUCCCUGCAUUUUUGGUCCUAUUGAGAAGCAGAGGUGGUCCUAUGCUUGUGCAAAGCAAUUGAUUGAGAGGCUGGUCUAUGCUGAGGGUGCGGAGAACGGUCUUGAAUUCACUAUCGUGAGACCUUUCAACUGGAUUGGUCCUAGGAUGGAUUUCAUUCCCGGCAUCGAUGGUCCCAGUGAGGGUGUUCCAAGGGUUCUGGCAUGCUUUAGUAAUAAUCUUCUUAGACGUGAGCCACUCAAACUUGUGGAUGGUGGCCAAUCACAGAGAACCUUUGUUUAUAUCAAGGAUGCUAUUGAAGCUGUUCUGCUGAUGAUUGAAAAUCCAGCCAGGGCUAACGGUCAUAUAUUCAAUGUGGGCAAUCCUAACAAUGAAGUUACUGUCAGGCAACUUGCUGAAAUGAUGACCAAGGUUUAUUCAAAGGUGAGUGCUGAAGCCCCUCUGGAAGUACCCACCAUCGAUGUAAGCUCCAAAGAAUUCUAUGGUGUAGGGUACGAUGACAGUGACAAGAGGAUUCCAGAUAUGACCAUAAUCAACAGACAACUCGGUUGGAAUCCUAAGACAUCACUUUGGGACUUGCUUGAAUCUACCCUUACUUAUCAACACAGGACAUAUGCUGAGGCCAUAAAACAGGCCACUUCAAAGCCAGUUGCGUCCAGCUAAAGGAAAUAAACAUUGCUGAGUUGCAAUGCAGAAGGUAGUUUCUGAGUUAGGUUACUAUUUGGCAGUUCGUUUCAAUUCUUUCUGACGAGUUAUUAAAUAUAUAACUAGAUGAUUUUUUUUUUUUUUCGAGGAAAGUAUAACUAGAUGGUUGGUUCUCAUAUAUACUAAAUUUUUUUGGGGUCUUUCCCGUGAUGUGCGUGUGUGGGGCAAUAGUGUUCGCGGUUGCUCAGGAAUUGGUAAUGCUGUUAUCUUGAGAAGACAGUAGACUAUUAGGGGAAUUAUAUCAUAUUGUUGAUGUUAGUACUCUUUUAGAUAGUGUUGGCUAUGAUUACCUUGGGGGCACUAUAUAAAGAAAGCCUGAUGUGUUCCUUCAUGGAGGGAUUUGUAUAAUUCAUCUAUUUUGGUUCUCCUUAAAUGAGUAUGUUGUAUUAUUUGUUUGACCAAUCCAGGCUUUUAUUUUUAUUUUUA